AUGUUGCUCACGUUCCUCGAGAAGCUGCCACUGGGCCAGGGUGGCAAGGUGUUCGUCGGCACGUCCAUCUGCCUGGCUAUCUGCGCGUACCCCGUCAUCCGAAAGCAACAAAAGGCCGGCCACGACCUCUUCUCGUCCGAGCGACCGCAGGAUAUCGUGGACCAGGAGGUCAAGGCCCGCCGCGAGAAGCUCAAUAUCAAGUAG